AAACAAACUAGAAAUGAUCCCCUUUUACUUGGAAUGAAGGAAGGAAGGAAGGAUACAAGCGAAUGAAAAGCGAAGAAUCAAAGACGAAGGCUCCAUGAAGUGAAAUUUCUUUGCUGGGAAGAGUGAGAAUUUGCCGCUUUGGUCAGAGUUGCUUCCCCUGAAAUCACCUUGUGGUACUUCACUCUCUAAUCUCUAUACCUUGGUCAGCUGAGGUUAUUGAGUGCAGUAAAUGCUGGCAGGGGCCUCAUCUUCUGAUACAAGUUCAUCUAAAAUGUCUCAAGGAAUAUUUCCAACUUCAAGGAUUGGAAACAGUGAAUCCCCCAAUGGUGGAGCCUCUUCUUCUUUUACCCGGCCUAUUGCAGAUAUGAAUGAAAAUGAUGAAACAGAUUUGCUCUCAAUAUCAUGGAAUCAGGACUAUGAUUGCAUUGCUGCUGGAAUAAGUCAUGGUUUUCGAAUCUAUAAUUGUGAACCUUGCAAAGAAACUUUCAGGCGUGAUUUAAAAUGUGGUGGUUUUAAGAUUGUAGAGAUGCUUUUCCGCUGCAAUAUUCUAGCACUUGUUGGUGCGGUAGCUAAUUCUCACUAUCCACCCAAUAAAGUUUUGAUAUGGGAUGAUCAUCAGAGCAGGAGCAUUACUGAAUUUACAUUUAGGUCUGAAGUUCGUGGAGUGAAAUUAAGACAUGAUCGAAUUGUAGUUGUUCUUGAGCACAAGAUAUAUGUUUAUAGCUUCACGGAUUUGAAGCUUCUUCAUCAGAUUGAGACUCUAGCAAAUCCUAGAGGGUUGUGCUGUAUUUCACACGAUACAAAUACAUUUGUUUUGGCUUGUCAAGGUCUUCGCAAAGGACGGGUUCGAGUUGAACACUUUGGGCUGAACAUGACAAAAUUCAUCAAUGCUCAUGAUUCUGAAAUUUCAUGCUUCACUCUGACAUCGGAUGGGCUCCUUCUUGCAACCGCUAGUGUAAAGGGCACUUUAAUUAGAAUCUUCAAUACAAUGGACAGGUCUCUUUUGCAAGAAGUAAGAAGAGGGGUAGAUAGAGCUGAAAUAAACAGUAUAGCUUUCUCUCAAGACCUCCAGUGGUUGGCAGCAUCAAGUGACAAAGGCACUGUUCAUGUAUUCAGGUUGAGAGUGAGAGUUUCUGGGGAGGAUAGUUUGACUCAGCCAAAUGCCAUUCAAGGGCAUGCACUGUUUCGUCAGAAUUCUUCUAGUUCUUUAGAUCCCUUGAUUUCUCCGAAUACUGGUGCCAACCCCAAUUCAUCAUUAUCUUUCAUGAGAGGAGUUUUACCAAAAUAUUUUAGCUCAGAAUGGUCAUUUGCUCAGUUCCACUUGCCUGAGAACACACGUUUCAUUGUGGCAUUUGGAUCACAGAACAGUGUCAUAAUUGUUGGCAUGGAUGGGAGGAUUGAAUCUUGGGAAUAAUCUCUACACUUGUAGGGUAAGGUUGCUACGUUACCCUUCCCAUAUCCCACUAGGUGGGAGCGUCAUGCACUAAGUCGCCCUUUAUUGUUUUCUAAUUAGAUUAAUGAGGUUCCACUUGAUUAUGAAAUUCUACAAAAGCUAUUUAGUGGAGUUGGUGGAUUCUCAAACAUACAUAUAUAAUUUUAUUUCUGAAGCUGCUUCUUUAUAAGUUGUCUUCAUACACUCCCCUCCUUGCUUUGAAGUUGAUGGCAUGCCAUGAUUUCAUUAGCUUCAAAAGGGUAUAUCAUAUAUAUAAAUGUAUAACGCUAUUCAGUGUAUGUCACUUCUCACUUCUCUAUCAAUUCCUUUUUAUCCUUGUCAAAAUCACUUACGGAACUUAGUUGUCAUCAUUUUUGUGAAACCUCACUCAUAACAUCUGCUCUUUAUUUUU